AUGCCAUCCUAUCUCUUCAAGAUGAUCAUCAUCCUCCUCAUCCUUGUUCCUUUGAUCCCCGCUGCUCGCGAUUCUGGCCGCACUGCUCUGAAACCUUCCAACUUCGGUGUUUUGAACUACCAAGGCACUCUGCAAGGCAUUGAUGUUGAUCUCAAUGGCACUAUUGAAUCCAAGACCCAAUGCUGCACUGGUUCCUCAACUGCUCCCAGCCCCGCCGCUAUCUUGAAGGCUAUCAACUGGCUCCUCGGUGUUCCAGGUGACUGCUGGGCCCCUGCCAACAGCUGUGUCCAACUCUCUUGCACUUCGGACUCUGCCAUCGUGCUCUGCAACACCAACUCGAACUCCGUCGACCCUAGUUGCCCCUCCCUCGGAAGCCUUGCUCAGGACGUCUACAGCUCAUGCACAAAUGGUGCAGGUAUCUGUGGCUCUCAGGUCGACAGUAAUUGCUACGAGAUUACCAACGAACGUGGCUCAUGUUAGCUCGGUAAGUGGACAAUUCUUUUCGGAUAUUGCAUUGGAUUUUGGAAAGCGGGCUGGGCGGGAUGUUAGGUCUAUUCUUUAGGACGCGUUCCUGGUGUGCUACAACUAGGUAUUUUGCAUUUUGAAAAGUAGACUUGA